UUUCGGGGAUAGGCUGUUACUGUCAAGGAGGCUUAGGUGUGUAUCCUAACUAUAGAUCCUAACUAAAUGCUGGUGUGGGAAAAGUCGCCAGUGUAAGAUGAUGUUUCGCUACCACACCUCCACAGUCCGCACACUGCAGACUGUUGUGUCUGGUGCGUUCUUUUCCACAGUACCUUAAUUAGAAACACAAGAACAUAAGAAAAUAAGGGAAUCUGCAAGAAUCCAUCAGACCUACACAUGGUAGCCCAUACCCUCCUUACAUUGGCAAGUCACAUUCAUCACUGAUAGUGACACUACUGCCAGAGUAGAAGACAACAUGAAGAUAAGAGUAUAGCACAGGCACAAAAACACUCCAUUCCAUUGACUCCUUGAUGGUUCUGCAGGCCACAUGGCAUCAACUGUAGGCCUCUACCAACACUGAAGAAGUUUCUGUUGUUGAUCUUUGGGGAAUUUAUUGUGAGGGAGGUAUCACCUGCGUGACAAGUUCCUGAUGGCGAGCACUGAGGGGAGAGGUGCAGCACACAGAGGAGGAAAAAGCAACGCAGGAAAUGCCAGAGAUAAGAAUCAUAUUCGUUGUACUUGUUCAUGGAAUAAUAAGAGAUAUAAGGAUGCACAUGCUCAAAAAAUAUAUAACUGUAAAAUCUGCAGCCAUUCCUUUGCUUACAACACAUCUCUGCGACCUCAUAUGCUGAUUCACUCUGGGCAGAAACCACACUGGUGCUCCAUCUGUGGUAAAAAAUUCAGACAGAAGAGCAAUCUCACAACACACAUGUGCACCCACUCCGGGGAGAAACCAUACGAGUGUUACAUAUGCCACAAAGUAUUUGCCAGACUGAACCAUCUGCAGCGGCACAUCCAGACCCACACAGGUGAAAAACCCCACACUUGCUCCUUCUGCUGGAAACAGUUCACCAAGAAGUGUGGACUCUCCAACCACAUGAGCCUCCAGCACCCAAGGGAGGCGUCGCUUGAGUGUUCCCUGUGUGGCAAUAAGUUCAGGACUCAGGACCAGCUGAUGGAUCAUUUCAAGCCCAGGCGUGACUCCAGUGGUGGCCCUGUCAUCUGUUCCAUUUGUGGGAAGAAACUAUGUCAAGAGAAGUUCCUCCCAGCUCACAUGGUUUCACAUACCUCAGAGAAGCGGCCUAUUUCAUGUUCUCAGUGUGGGAAGGAAUUUGCAUACAUGAGGUCGCUCAGAGAUCACAUGUACAUACACACAGGACAAAGGCCCUUUAAGUGUCACUACUGUGGGAAGAUAUUCACUCAUAGAGGGUCUUGUAAGAAACAUGAAGCUACUCACUUUAAUGAACGGCCUUUCACGUGUUCCCAGUGUGGCAACAGUUUUACCCGCAAGUCUCAUCUCCAGUCCCACAUGCUGAUCCACACAGAUGAGCGGCCCGUGCAGUGUUCCAUGUGUCACAAAAAGUACAGGGUGAAAAGCUCACUCAGCAGGCACAUGAAGGUACACCUCCAGGAAAAACGUCACAGUUGUCCCAAGUGCUGUUGUAAAUUUCGGUUUAAAAAUGCACUGAGGACCCACAUGCUGGAACACCGAACUCAGGAGGAAUCAAGCAAAAAGACAAGGCGUGGGCGGCGCACAGCUGCUGCUGCUGCGGCUAUGGCUAAUGUAGCAUCUGUACUUGAAAACAAUGAAUGUGAGGGCUAGUAGGGAAGUUUUAAUACUCUUCUCUACCAGAUGUUGUUAAUCUUUGCAAUAUACCUCUUUUCUCAGUUGUUAAAAUAAAUACAACACAGCUUAUUCAGCAGCAAAACUCCCUCCUUUAACGAAAUACGAAGUACAUACACAUACUUACGUAAGGACACACUUUAACAAAUUUUAAAAGGUCGAGGAAAAUUUCAUUUUUUGUUUAGGUAUUUCUCUUUCUGUGUUGUGGGAAUAUGCAUACUUAUAUAAGCACAUGCAUCAUUACAUAACCAUGCAUGCUUAUAUAACUAUCUCUUCUAGUUAAAAGCAUAUUUACUUCCGGAAAAGAUGUUAGUUAUAUUUCUCUUAUUUCUAGAUGAUAUCAUGUGUAACAACAUCACCGUCUCUUACUAUAAGAGUUAAAUAAAAAAACUGUGUAGUUUUAUAAAUACUGGAAAACAGGAACUGGUACAUUCCCAUGAAACUGCUGUAGUGGAGCCGUUUCAAACUUAGCGUUAUUUAUAUCAUAGCUUUGUGGAAGACGACUGUUCCUGAUGACAUGAAGUAUUCUCACGAUCCCUAAAGUGACAAGUACUUUAUCAUACUACUCCUAAACUCUAGACCCCCAAAGGUGGACCAAGGAUGAUGCAUAGUUUGCACACUCCUUGGAGUAGUAACAUCAUCCCUAACAACGCCUCGGAAUCAGGAUACCUCGUAUAGUCAAGACCGCUGGGAUUUCAUUUUUUUUCUAAGGUUACAUAUUUAAUUGUUUUAAGUAUAUGCCACUCUCGGGGAGAUGGCGAAUGAGUGGGCAACAGUGGAUACAUCACUCACAAACAAAGAUCACUUGUUUAUUUUACUGAAGUGUGUGUGUGUGUGUGUGUGUGUGUGUGUGUGUGUGUGUUCAACUUUCGUCGCAUGCAGUGACUGAAAAACUUUGUUUGGUAAUAGUAGGAAUGAAUGCCACAUAAAAGAUGUUUACGAGAUAUAAACUAUGGAUAAUAAAUUGUUAAAAACAGACUUUACAUUGUUGUAUUCGGUUUAUUUGUGACAAAUCUUAUAAGUUUUCUCUAUUGAUUCGAAAAUUAUUAUAUCCUACUACCUCACACUGUACGUACCAACCUUGAGUGCGUUGCCAACCAGUAAAGUUUAAGAACUUUGGUUUCCAUUCAUUCCCACUCUUAUUAUGUCCACCUCAGUAAAUAAAGAGUUAACCAGCACCUUCA